CGGCAAAGCCCCCGGCAGAAUCUCGCACCGAGGCCCAGAGGCCAGAGCGCGGUCGGCAGCUUUAUUGCGGCUGCGCGCAGGUUGCGUUCCGCAUCCCGUAAGACGCAGGCGCCGUCCGUUCCGUCCUCAGGACAAGAGAAGCGAGACGCGAUCCGACCGAAACACACUGCGGGCGGUGGGGAGCGCGGGCCCGGGGCCUCCGUCGCAGGCACUCGCUCGGCUUGGCCGGGGCUCCGUGGGGCUCCGGCCAGAGGCUCCCGCUCGUCGCCGCAGGACGCAGGCGGCGUGGCGCGGGUCAGGACCACUUCCCGGUGACCUUGAGGUGGCCGAGCUGGUCCUCCAGCCGCCGGGACGCGGGGAACUUGGACGCCUGCGCCGCCUUGAGCGCCUGGAAGGCGGCCGCCCGGCGGGCCGCCGCGUGGCCGCGCUCCUGCUCGGCCGUGAGGAAAGGCCGGCUGAGCCAGUAGUGGUUCUCCGCCUCGACCUCCAGGCGGCGGACCAUGUUCUGCUUCGCCUGCGCCGACACGGGUCGCGGCCGCCGGUGCUUCCCGAUCCACUGCCGGCCGGGGAUGCGGCCGCGGCGCAGGACCGCGGUCAGGAACAUGGCGCCUGCCGAGGGCACAGACGCGGGAGUCGGCAGCGCGCCGGCCACGGGGAGAAGGGAGAGGGGAGCCCCGCCGCCGCCCGCAGGCCAACCCGACCGCGCCCCAACACUCACCAGCCGCGCCUCACGGCCGCCCUCCUCACACCGGCACACGACGCCGGAAGCCGGAAGCCGCAAGCGCGCUUUCUCGACGCGCCGCCCGUCUCCUCGCGCGAGGCUUCAGCUCUCGCGAGAAGGGCCUUGCGCGAGUCGCGGAACCAAUGGCGUUUCCGGCGCCGGGAUUCAAACGUGCGCGGGCGCUGAGGACGAGCGUGGGGCUGGUCCAUGGAUCUGAUCCGGGGCUUCUGCGGGAAGCUGCGGUCUCUGGCCGUCACCCUGGACGGCGAGACGGCUCGGCUGCAUCGAGCGCUGGACGGAGAGGACAGCGACUUUGAAGAUUAUCCAAUGAGAGUUUUACAUGACCUUCAUUCAGAAGUCCGGACUCUAAAGGAUGAUGUUAAUAUUCUUCUUGAUGAAGCAAGCCUGGAAAGUCAAGAAAGCAUUGGUUUCAUAAAGGCAACAAAAGUACUGAUGAAAAAAAAUUCAAUGGAUAUCAUGAAAAUUAGAGAGUUUUUCCAGAAGUAUGGAUAUAAUCCACGUGCCAAGGAAAAUUCAGGGGAUGAGCAAGAAGUCGUUGACUCUAAACCAGAGAACAAUAAACGUGAAAAUCCUGAGAAGCCUGAUGUGAAGGGUGAUUUGUCGGAUUCCGCUCCUCCAAGCAGUUCUGUUUCUGAGAAGCCUCCACGUAGUCCACAACUUUCCGAUUUUGGACUCGAGCGGUACAUGAUAUCCCAAGUUCUGCCAAACCCUCCCCAGGCAGUAAACAACGAGAAGGAAGAGCCAAAAAUUUUAACUUCAUUUUCCAAACGGCCACUAGUAAAAACUCCCAAAUGUGCACUAAAGAUGGAUGAUUUUGAGUGUGUGACUCCUAAAUUAGAACACUUUGGUAUCUCUGAAUAUACUAUGUGUUUAAAUGAAGAUUAUACAAUGGGACUUAAAAAUGUGAAGAAUAACAGUGAGGAGGCCAUAGAAACAGAACCAGUGACCAACAAUAAUUUCUUUGCCACUCCUGGCCCCAUAACCCAGCCAUUGGAAAAAAAUGAUGCCGAGCAUACACAUUCUCCUGUGGCACCUACAUUCUGCACUCCUGGUUUGAAAAUCCCUUCUACAAAGAACAGCACAGCUUUGGUAUCCACAAAUUAUCCAUUAUCAAAAACAAAUAGUUCAUCAAAUGACUUGGAAAUGAAAGACAGUACAUCGUUAGUUUUAAAUUCAGACGAGUGCUUUGAGAAUUUUGUGGAUCCCUCUUCUCCUACGAUUUCUUCCUAUGAGAAUCUGCUCAGAACACCUACACCUCCAGAAGUAACUACAAUUCCAGAAGAUAUUCGCCAGAUUUUAUCAAAAUACAACUCAAACCUAGCUACUCUGGUAGCAGUUAGAGAAGUGCCGCCCAGCAGAGUGUUCCUUCCUCGGUGUGAAGGACAGGACGUCCGAGACGCUGGCAACAGAGAAAACUGGUGAAAAAAUUGUAGUGGAUCCAUCCUUCCAUUAUAGAAACUGAAAGAUGAAAGCAAACCUGCUCUUACUUUGUUUUUCACAUUCCCCGACAUCUUUCCCCUUUUGAAAAUCCAACUCAUAUUAAAGAUGAGCACGGACACUGCUCAUUAAAUGCUUUUUAUUAAGUUUGAUUUAGUCUAACCUCAGUCUUGUUGACGUGUAGUUCAGUUACUCAGUUUGGAAAGAUCAUUACUAUUUCACUGAUUUCAAAUUUACCCUGCCUAAUGGAAGAGUAUGGUUUAAGUAAUAUUAGGAAGCAGGAUAAAUAAUUUUUGAAAUUUAAACGUUACAGUUUGCUACUCAGAUAAGGCCACUUUCAGUCUUCUUGGGCUAGACAGUUGUUGCUAGACCUGGGCUUCUUCCUUGGGUCUAGCUCUGCCCUUCUGUCUCCUCUCAUGACUAUCCCAAGUCUUUUACACCUUUUAUUUCAACAGUGCUCUUUUAAGGCACUGUUGUUUACAAAUGACAGCUUAAAUUAAUUUAGGAAGAGGAAUUUACAGGCCUAGGUAACUAUACUGAAGUAGGUGUCUCGGACUUUUGGAAAUUAGACGCUUGCCUGCAGUCAGGACGGAUGUUUUAUUUUUACUUGUCAGUUUCAUCCUUUCAAAUCACCUCUUACCAGCAUGGCUGCAACCUCUCCAGGUCCCCCUUCCAGCUCAGCAGCCCAACAGAGCCUGAGCCUCACACUCUGUGGAGGGUCCCAGGACUCCUCCUGGCCAGGUGCUCAUCUCUGGACUGUCCGCUGUGCCUCUAGAGCUGUCUGAGAGCUCCAGGCUGCCCUGUCCAUGGAGCCCAAGAUCCUUCCGGCCUAAGUAAAGUUGAUGCAGCAAAGAUUAUCCUCUUUUAUGGUUGGGCCUUGAAAGUCAAAUGUGAAGACCUGUCACAUUGUGAAUCUUCGUUUUGUCAGAAAAUUGCCACUAAAACAAAACAAUUUAUUCUUUGUUCUAGGAACUACUGUGUAAUAAUUUUUGCUAAAUAUUGAUACAAUGUAAAAUUCAAGAUAUUUAGUUUUAUUUUUCCAGGUAAGCUCUGGUCAGCCUUGUAUAUACGAUGGUGACUCCCAAAUUAUAUCAGCCUUUUAUACACUAUUUACCAUGGCUCUGUGUACCUAAGUCCACAGAGUGGACAGAUUGCUUGAGGGAGGGAGUAUAUUCAAAGUGCAUGCAGGGCUGAGUCCUGGAGUUCCAUUUUAGAAGAUGGAAAGAGGCAGAAAAAUCUAGCAAAGGAGAUGAAGAAGCUGGUGAAGUAGGAAGGAAAUACUUCAAGCCAAGUGAUCGAUUCUAUCAAUAUUGCUGAGAAUCCAAGACAAGACAGAAUUACCACUGGACUUGGCAAAAUUGCUGUUGCUGACAGCACUGAUGAAUUCUGACAGAGCGCUCAGGACGGACCUCUGGGGUGGACUGGAAAGGUCGGAGGUGAGGAAGCAGAGAUCACGGACUGAGACGGCUCUUUUCAUGAGUUUUGCUCAAGAAGGGAGAGAAGAAAUGGUGCUGCAGCCAGAGGGGGUGUGAGUGAAACCAGGUUUUUGAAGAUGGGAAAUAAAGAACGUUCCAUUAAUCAUUUCCGAUGGCCUGCUGGGUGUCUCCACCUGUCUUGUGAUGGCCCCUCAAUUCAGUUUGACCAGAAUUUCUCUUUCCCUGGCCCUUACCACUCUCCUCCUGUGAUCUUAGUUUCUGUUCCCUAGAACUAGGAUGCUUCCGGCUUAUCAAACUUCAAAUGUUACCCUUCAGUGUCCUCCCACUGCUCUCAAGAGGAAUCCAGGGUCCCAACAUGGCCUCCAGGACCACCCCCCUGUGACUCGACCCUCAGUUGCCCCUCCCUCUUGUCUCAAAAUCUGGGCUCCAGCUGGCAGCCGGCCUUUCCUCUCCUUCCCUUCGUUCCUGCCCUGGGCUUCAUAGGCCCCGGGCUUCACAGGUGCUCUCUCUGCCCAAAUGGCUUCUCCCACCCACUCUGCUCAGCUGACUAUCCCUCACAUCCUUAUGCUGUAGAUACUUGAUGUUUUUGUCUGCCCACCACUCCUACCCCCUUAAAGGAAAACGCUCCGAUUUUCCCUGAGCUCAGCCCAGUUCCAAGACCAACCAAGCAGGGUCACAGUCCCUGACCAGUUGGUAUUGGGCACGUGACCCACGUCAUAUCCAAGAGAGCCAAUUGUGGGACUUUGGGGAACUACUAGGAAGAGCAGAACGUUUUUCUGGAUGUGCAGAGAUGUGUACCCGGAGCCACGAAGGGAGAGGCCGAAGGUGGAGCUGCCACCGAAGUUCCAGCAGGAGACGUGGGAGGGCUUGGAGGCCAACUCUAACCCCAAUUUUUCAGCCCAGACCUUGCUGACCGCCUCUGGGCUGUGUUCCCUCCCCCCAUCCUCCACCACGCCCCCGCUUGUCACCUGACGGCAGAAGCAUCCUAUGGUCCUCUUCAUCCUGAUCUCUGGCCAAACUCCUGCUGCCCCUACAUGCACACACACAGAGUUGAUGUCUGAAACAUCCCCUGAGCCAGUGCCCACGAUGGUAAUGAAAAUUUAAGUAUAAACUUAACAUCGACUCCCUACCGAGGAUCCGGUAAGUAGCUGAAAAUGCCAAGCUCCUGUAUGCUGUGAGAAAACUGAAGAUACCAACCUCCGAAGGGAAAACACUUCAAGAGCCUGUGAGGCAGUCAGGACACUGAAGGCUGAGCACGUGCCGUCACGGUGACCGUGAAACAGCUCAGCUGCUCACUCAAAGCCGUACUGUCACAGCCAGAGAGGACUUGGAACUUGAAGCAACACAGCCUGCAGAGUGCUAUACAAUGACCCUGGACACAAGGCACCUGUAAAGAUGACAAUUCCAAUGGACAGCAUCGAGCAGGGAAUCAAACACCCAAUGCAUCAUCUAGCUUUAACUCUGCACCCUAUUUAUACCAUCUCUACCAUAUUAUCCUCAAGUAGAACCAUGGCUUCAACUGCAGUGAGAACAAAAACAUCCACGAUGACCACAUCGACUUCCGUUCUCUACUGCUGCUGAAUCCUCAAUAUGCCCGUAACAGAACUCAACAGUGUCCCCCGCAAAACAUACCCUUCCUCUCAUAUUACCCUCAAAACUACCGUCACCCACUUAGAUGCCCAGGUCACAAACCUAAGCAUUGUUCAGUUCUUCCCAUCUCUAUCUUGUUGUUUCUACCUCCUAAAGACAGAUCAAACUGGACUUCCCUGGUGGUCCAGAGGUUAAGACUCCACGCUUCCACUGCUGUAGGUGCAGGGUCAAUCCCUGGUCGGGAACCUAAGAUCCCACAUGCCACGUGGCACAGCCAAAAGACAGAUCAAAUCUAUUUUUUUCUCCAUCUCCACCAUCACAGCUUUAUUUCAACCUCUCAUUAUUCAAAUCUCUGUAUGUUGCUUCCAACUCAUCUCAACUUUUUUUUUUAACCUGACAUUCUAAUGAUGUUUAUUGUGUCAAUUAUUCCCUGGUAUGUACAGUGUAUACUUAUGUACCAGAAAGGACUCUUUCUUCCUUUCCAACAUUUCCCACAUAUUGUCAUCUUGCUCAUAAUGAACGUGGGGAAUUCGUUUCACACCUUUUGUCAGUCCUAAACAGUGGGAGUCCUCCACAAGCUUCCCACCUGCUGAGGACUCUCCCCAAACCAACAGUUGCAGUGCCAAGUGUUGCUUUCUGAUUAGCAGUCUAAAAGGUGAGUACACAGGUGACAAAUGCAAGAGCUUUCUCGGGGUUGAAGCCUUUGCUAGGUGACUGUGAGGGUCAGUUUUAUGUGUCAAUUUCGAGAAGCUACAGCCCCUAGUUAUUCAAACACUAAGGUAGGUGUUGUGUAAGGUGUUCUUUAGAUGGGAUUAAAGUCUAUAAUCAGUUGACUUUAAGGCAGAUUAUCCUAGGUAAUCUGAGUAAACCCUUUUAAUCAAUGAGUGGGCCUCAUGCAAUCAGUUGAAAAGGCCUUCAGAGCAGAGCUACUGAAUUCCCUGAAGAAAUUCAGCAGCUUAUGCUGCAGAGUUCCAGCCUGCCCUUCAUCAUAACCUGCACCACAGGUUAUGCACCACAGACUAGGGACUUAAGUACCUAAGCAGUCCCCACAAUUGUGUGAACCAAUU